AGUGCCAAAUGAUUGGAGUGACAACGAGGUCACGCAUCAUGCGACCCGUGACUUAAUAUGCGCAUUCUAUCUCCCUCUAUGGUCUUUCGCUCUCCCUCGCUUGCGCCGUUCCGCUCAGCAGUCAACACACGCAGAGAGAGGAGCGUUCACCCCCCACUUCCCUCCCCGCAUCGCAGCGCCAAGCGAGAGCCCUUCGCUCGCCUCUUCAUCCAAUCACUUUGGCCAAACACCACCGGAUGUUGUCUGAUCCCUACAGUUUCCAAAGCAAAGAAAACAGGACAGCUGUAAAUCUACUGUAGUGUAGAGUUGAAUCUUUUUUACUUUCCAGAUGCUUGGGGGAUACUAAGUAUCCUUCGUCAAUCUCAUUUGUGCCGGUUUGGUCUGAACUAGGAUCUUCUAGUAAAUAACCCAAGUAGACAGUUUGUUAAGAUGGAGCAAAAUGGUUCAAUUCGGAAAACUUAAGAUGCAGAACUUUCUAAAGUGAAAAAAGGACUGAUGCACCGUAGUCAUACAGAUUGCAGAAUUGACUAAUUCAGCGCCAAUUGUAGGUGGCAGGAAAACAAUGGCGGGCGGGUUUAGCGUGCCGGACGGCGGCAAGGAAUAUCCGGGCAAGAUGACGCUCUUCGUCUUCCUCGCCUGCCUCGUCGCCUCCUCCGGCGGCCUCAUCUUCGGAUACGACAUUGGCAUCUCCGGGGGAGUGACGUCCAUGGAUCCCUUCUUAUUAAAAUUUUUCCCCGAUGUGUAUCACGAGGAGAAAUUGCAAAAGUCGACGAGCCAGUACUGCAAGUUCAACAGCCAGCUGCUGACGACCUUCACGUCGUCACUGUAUCUGGCGGCUCUGGUCGCGUCCUUCUUUGCAUCCACCGUCACGAGGCUGCUCGGCCGCAAGCCCUCCAUGUUUUGCGGCGGCCUCGUCUUCUUGGCCGGAUCCGUCAUCAACGGGGCGGCUAAGGACGUCGCCAUGCUCAUCAUUGGACGAAUCUUUCUCGGUAUCGGCAUCGGUUUUGCCAGCCAGUCGGUGCCACUAUACCUGUCGGAGAUGGCUCCAGCGAGGCUCCGUGGCAUGCUGAACAUCGGCUUCCAGCAGAUGAUCACAGUUGGCAUCCUCAUUGCCAAUAUCAUAAACUACGGGACGGCCAAGAUCGAAGGAGGGUGGGGGUGGCGCGUCAGCCUGGGUCUGGGUGCAGUCCCCGCCAUUAUAAUGACCGCGGGCUCGCUGCUACUCCCUGACACCCCAAACUCCCUCAUCGAGCGCGGCCACACUGACGAGGCCAAGUCCAUGCUCUGCCGCAUUCGUGGCACCGAGGAUGUGCAGGCAGAGUUUGUCGACCUUGUGGCUGCCAGCGAGGCCUCGAAAGCUGUCAAGCACCCAUGGUCUACCCUCAGGCAGAGGUCGUACCGCCCCCAGCUCGUCAUGUCCCUACUCAUUCCGGCCUUUCAGCAGCUUACAGGAAUCAAUGUCAUCAACUUCUACGCCCCCGUGCUCUUCAAGACCAUCGGCUUCGGCUCCGAGGCCUCCCUCAUGUCGGCCGUCAUCAUUGGCUUUUUCAAAGUUGCAUCUUGCCUGAUCUCCAUCUUUGUGGUUGACAAGCUCGGGCGCCGUCCCCUCCUGAUUGAGGGUGGCUUACAGAUGAUCUUCUUCCAGGUCGUAGUUGGAAUACUGAUCGGAAUUAAAUUUGGGUCAGAUGGUGUGGGCACCAUAUCCAAGCCAUAUGCGAUCGGUGUGGUGAGCUGCAUCUGCUUCUUUGUGUCUGCAUUCGACUGGUCGUGGGGCCCGCUCGGGUGGCUUGUCCCCAGCGAGAUCUACCCGCUAGAGGUCCGCUCGGCGGGGCAGAGCAUCACGGUGUCGGUGAACAUGCUCUUCACCUUUAUCGUAGCGCAGACCUUCCUCCCUAUGCUUUGCCACUUCAAGUUCGGCCUCUUCUUCUUCUUCGCUGCAUGCGAGACGAUCAUGACCGUCUACGUCACUUUGUUCCUCCCCGAGACGAAGAACAUCCCCAUUGAGGAGAUGGACCGGAUCUGGAAGAAGCAUUGGUACUGGUCCAGGUUUGUGACCGAUGUUCCUGGUGGUGAUCAUGAGAUGACUAAACCCAAGUCCAGUGUAUAGAUCAAGUCCACCAUAUACACGAAUAAAUCCAUUUUUACUGGUUCCUUGACCUGCAAAUUCCUGCAUGUUUGUAAUUGGCGUGUUUGUAUGUUUACCCGACGACCUUUAAUUGGUUAGAAAAUUCUGUUUCUUUGCAAAAAAGAAAAAAUUCUGCAAGUCCAAAGCGGCAAACGCGUUGAAAUUUUUAAGUUUGCUGAUACAGAAGGAAAGUAGUUGGUCAGGCUUGAGGAUGGGCCUGUUUUCAGCCUUGAAUUUCCACCCCGACAGUUGAAAACCCCAUUCUUUUGUAUGUCUAAGAUUUCGUUUGGGAUUGCGAGGAGA